AUACAAAAUUAGCCCAAAAAAGUCUUUCAAAUAAUUAGAUUCCUCUCAGCUCUUCAUAUUCAUAUAUAAUUCAUGUUUUCUUGUUAAAAGCAAAUUAAAGAUAUUCUUCUCCUUUUUCUGAGUAGCACAAGAGAGAAAGUUCUGAAUUAAAAUGGGCAUCUGCAGAGAUGGACCUGAUCGCCAAGAAAAAAAGCUUGGUGGAAAUAGAGCUGUUCUUUUUGUAUACGCCAUGGAAGGACUGGAAAACAUGGCAUUCGUGUCGAAUGCUUUGAGCCUCGUAACGUACUUCUACGGAUAUAUGAACUUCAGUUUAACUAAAUCAGCCACUUCGCUUACAAACUUCAUGGCUUUUUCAUUUUUACUUGCUCUUUUUGGAGGCUUCAUUUCAGACACUUUCUUGUCGAGAUUCAAGACUGCUGUUCUGUUUGGAUGCAUUGAAGUGUUGGGAUAUGGGCUUCUAACAGUUCAAGCACACUUCCACCAGCUAACACCAGUACCCUGCAAAGGGGUCGCACCAGACCAGACGAACCAAUGCGAGUCCGCAACCGGUAGCCAAGAGGCAUUUCUUAUGGUUGGUCUGUACCUUGUUGCACUUGGAACAGGUGGGAUCAAGGCUUCACUACCUUCACUAGGAGCUGACCAAUUCGACCAAAAUGACCCAAAGGAAGCAGCCCAAUUGUCUAGCUUUUUCAAUUGGUUCUUGUUUAGCUUAACCAGCGGUUCCAUAUUUGGGGUCACUUUUCUUGUAUGGAUCAGCACCAACCAAGGUUGGGAUUUGUCGUUUGGUGUGUGCACCUUAGCAGUCUUUUUUGCUGUUGUCUUCUUGUGCAUGGGCAAGUCCUUGUAUCGAAUCCAUCUACCUAAAGGAAGCCCCCUCCUUCGCAUUGCACAAGUAUUUGUGGCUGCCAUACGAAAUCGACACCUUCCGGUACCGCAGAUGAUCGAUGAACUACAUGAAAAUCACGACAGAGACACAGGGAAGCAAGAUGAAAUACUUAAAAGAACCGAUCAAUUCAGAUUUUUAGACAGGGCAGCAACAGUGAGGACAAACAUGAAUGGAGCAUCAACAUCUACCAAUUCUACCGGACCAUGGAACCUCUGCACAGUUACGCAAGUUGAAGAAACGAAAAUCCUCCUACGUAUGCUUCCAAUCAUACUCAGUACAGUCUUCAUGAACACAUGUUUAGCUCAACUUCAGACUUUCACAAUCCAACAGAGCACAACAAUGGACACAAAUUUGCUUGGAUUUCACAUACCAGGUCCUUCCAUUCCAGUAAUCCCCUUGCUAUUCAUCUUUGUGCUGGUCCCCUUAUACGACCGCAUAUUCGUUCCAAUAGCUCGAAAGAUCACAGGAAUUCCCACAGGAAUCCGGCACCUUCAGCGCAUUGGAGUAGGGCUAGUGCUCUCAGCUAUCUCCAUGGCAGUUGCUGGAGUAGUAGAAACACACCGGAAAUCUGUAGCUAUUAAACACAACAUGGUUAAUUCAACUGAUCCAUUACCAAUGAGUGUGUUCUGGCUCGGUUUCCAAUUUGCUAUCUUUGGAGCAGCAGAUAUGUUCACUUUGAUCGGACUACUAGAAUUUUUCUACUCAGAGAGCUCAGCUGGUAUGAAAUCAAUGGGAACAGCCAUCUCAUGGUCUUCCGUAGCUAUUGGUUUCUUCAUAAGCUCAGCAACAGUCGAGAUAGUGAACAAGGUCAGCGGUGGAUGGUUGGCUAGUAACAAUCUGAAUAGAGACAAGUUGAACUACUUUUAUUGGUUAUUGGCGGGGUUAAGCGUAGCUAAUUUUGGAUUGUACUUAAUAUGUUCAUCUUGGUAUAAGUAUAAGACGGUGGAGGUGAAGCGAGUAGAAAAUUCCGGUGAUGGUGAUGACAAAGGAAAGAUUACACUGGUAGAAGUUUAGAAAUGCUGAAGUAUAUAUAUUAGGAGGUAUGUAGAAGAAAACAGAAACGGCAAAAGAUUUUCUUCUACCUAAGGUUGCUUCUGUCUUGUUGUAUUGGAUUACAUUUGAAUCUAAAUUUAUGAACAACUUAUAGAACAUAGUCGUAAGAAAUUAAGUUUUCACA